UGGGGGUCGGAGCUCAAGAACGGGAAAGGGAAAGGGGGAUUGGAUGCGCAUAGGGUAGGGGAAAGGGAGGGGGUGGGUUCGCGCGACGGCGUCGGCGCCGGCAGGGGGAGGGGGGAGGGGAGGGGUGGCAGUGACGAGGAAGGGUGGCUGCAAGGUGGCUGGAGGGGUGGCUAAACGGUGGAGUGGGCCCACUAACGGAAAUAGUAACAUAAUAAGGCAUGUGGUAGUGAUUUUUAACAAACUCUGUUUUAGGUGGUAGUAAAAUAAAAAAAAAUAAAAAAUUUUAACAGGUAGCAAAUGUGAAGCGUGGUGUUUUUAGUGGUAGCAAAUGUGAAAAUUUCCUUAAUAAUAAUCAGUCUUUUACUAUUACUACUACAAGCUAUUAUUGAUUUUGAGCACAACUGUUAUCUUCUCAUAUAUGCAUGUCUAAUUUUCACUAGUACUCAAUAUAUAUAGGCCUAAGCCUUACUAUUGCUGCAAUAAGGCUCUUUGAAUAGCUCAAAAUACCCUAUCUUCCUAUAAUCUUAAUUAUUCUUAAAUCACAAAUAUGAGCUCAGAAACUGUUAAACACGUUUCGGAAUGCUUCAUCAAACCAAAGUAUGAGGUGCAAGAAGCCGAGCAACCUUACUACUUGGCUCCCAUGGAUCUGGCCAUGCUUAAUUUCCACUAUAUCCAAAAGGGCCUCCUCUUCAUGAAACCUUCACAUAUAAAUGAUCAAGAAUUCUCGACCAGCAAACUCCUUCAAAGCCUGAAGGAGUCUCUUUCACUCGCCCUUGUCCAUUUUUACCCAUUGGCAGGGCAGCUCAGUACAUGUAUCAGCAAAACUCGGCAUGAAUGCUUGGUCUUUGUAGACUGCAACAAGGGUCCUGGAGCUAGGUUCAUUUAUGCCACGUUAGACAUGUACAUGUCUGAAAUUAUGGCACCGGUUGAUGCUCCUCUGGUCGUUCAGUCAUUUUUUGACCAUGAUCGGGCUAUUAACCAUGAUGGUCAUAAAAGGCCUCUGUUAUCAGUUCAGGUUACUGAGCUCAAGGAUGGGGUUUUUAUCGGUUGUUCCAUGAACCAUGUGCUUAUAGAUGGAACCUCAUAUUGGCAUUUCUGGAAAAUUUGGUCCGAAAUACAUAGAGCUAAUGGCAAGCAGCUUCUUGUUUCACGUUUACCCAAUCAUAAACGUUGGUUUCCUGAUGGGUAUGGGCCGGCUAUCCCCCUCCCCUUUACUCACCCAAAUGAAUUUUUAAGCAGGUAUGAAGUAGGUCAGCUCAGAGAGAGAAUCUUCCAUUUCUCCCAAGAGUCUAUAGCAAGACUAAAAUCCAAGGCCAACAAAGAAAGUAAUACCAACAACAUUUCCUCCUUCCAAAGCCUCUCAGCACUUGUCUGGAGAUCAAUUGUCCGAGCAAACUGCCUAUCUGAAGAUCAGAUCACAAAUUGCAGAUUUGCUACAAAUAACAGGCAGAGGUUAGAUCCUCCUCUGCCUCUAGAAUAUGUAGGUAACUGCGUUACAGCAAUGAUAACAACUACUACUGCUGGGGAACUACUCGGGCACAACUUAGGAUGGGCAGCGUCUUUGUUGCACCAGUCAGUAGUAAACCACAGUGACAAAAUAGUGCACAAAUUCAUCGAUGGAUGGCUCCAGUCCCCUUUUGUUUACCGGCCAGGCAAAAUGUUCGAUCCUUACAGCGUAAUGAUGGGAAGCUCACCAAGAUUUGACAUGUAUGGAAAUGAAUUUGGUCUCGGGAAAGCUGUGGCAGUUUGAAGUGGGUAAGCAAACAAAUAUGUUGGCAAAGUGACUGCUUACCCAGGAUAUGAAGGGGGAGGAAGUGUGGACCUAGAGAUAUGUCUACCACCAAAUUCAAUGAGUUCUCUGGAAUCAGAUGAAGAAUUCAUGGCUGCAGUAACAAUACAGCACUGUGGAUAUCAAAGAAGGCAUCCCCAAGACUCCAAGAGGCAUGAUAUGAAAACAAUCUAGAAUAAAUUUGAUGAAACCAGUAAAAUGUUUAAGAUGCAUCUAAAUUUUAAAUUUCAAUUCAUUCAUUGCUAAUUUUGUUUUUGUAUUGAUAAAGCAAUACAUGUUAAACCAUUAAAGUAAUCUGUAAGACUUGAAUAUGAAUAGAAAGAGUUCCAGAUUAUUUUAAAAGAAAAAAAAUUGAUCCCAAAAUUAUAUGUACCUAAAAAUUAAUAAUUGCCUCUUUAAAGUGACCUGUAGCUAACUCAUCUAGUAGCAAAGAACACAAAUCAACAAAUAAUUGUAAGAUGCUUCUUUAGCUAAGUAAAAUCACCACAAUCUCGCUAAAGAGUUCCAUAUCCAAGAGAGAGCUCAAUGCACGAAAAAGAUUCACAGAGACCAAUCUGCUUUCCCUAGCAAUAGAAGAAGAAACUUUCACCAUACCUCUAGGUAGGUAUUGCUCAUCUAGUCUAUGUGUUCCGUUCAUGUACACUUCCAAAGGUAACUAGCUCAAGGAAGUAGAGAAGAGCUUGUUCAAAUGAAGGACAAUAUAUAGAUAUAGAAAGUGAAGAACACAAUUCCAUAUAGCAUACGCUUCCCAUUAAAGAAUUAUAAAGAAGUAAGCCCACUGCUUUAAAAGGCCUGAGUUGCAAUGAGGCAAAAGGACACCCAAUUCUUAGGCACUUAACUGACACAGUUGAAUGACCAUCUUACAAUCCUAUUCUAUUGUAUAUGACCAUAAAAAAAAGAUCCAAUAUUGUCAUAUAGAACAACUUUGGGUCAAAUCCCCCUAUCAUACAAUCCAAAGUCAAAUCAUACUAUGAUACUAAGAAGCCCCAAUACACAUACACUCAAAUACUGAUGGCACACUAAAGGCAUCCGUCCCAUACUCCCUCCCUCCGUCCUUGGUAGGAUAAAGAGGGAGGGCAUUGAUCUUCAAUGUUUCAUGUUGUCAAAGACUUAACCAAUGUUUUCUUCGUGUUGUUAAAGAAUGGACAUUGGAGUGGAAUACAUGUGCCUGGCUAAGCUGGUAUUUCAAUCAAAGGUACAUUAUGGAUAAAUUUGGUGGUGUUCAAUGAAUAUAAGCAAUAAGACGUAGCUAAUUUCUACUCAUUCAAAGAGUAUCUAGCUUAAGGUACACUCGAGCAUAUAAUAGAUAACAUAUGCACCGAAGUUUAGGUCAAGUGUUUCUGUAAUAGUAUUGCAAUUAGAAUCCACAUUUCAAUAAUUAUCCUAUUUCCAAACAAAAAUUGCAGAAAAUAUACCAAACCCAGAUUCAAUUACAGCAUUCUACCACCAAUAUAGUAAAGCUUAUUAUCAAAGUUGCAGCAUUAAAAGAGAAAAAAUGUCGAAAAAUCCAAUUCAAUCCCAAUUGAAACAACAAAUUCAAGAUUUCAAAAACCCAAAAUAUACAAAACAAGAAAAGAAAACAUUAAACAUACCUCGUACUGUUGAGCUUGAUCAAUAAACUUAAUCUGUUCUUCGACAAUUUCCAUCUUUUUUCUCUUUCGUCAAACCCUUUGCCCCGACCUUCAACCACCCCAGGAUAGGACCCACGCACCCACUUAAUAUUUGGGGCCAAGACUCAAUUUUUCAACACCCACUUCAAAUUUCUUCAAUUGCAGGACACAAUGUCGACACUGAUUGUUUACUACAGUGUUCGUUUCAACCACUUUGAAGCCAUUAGAGAAAAGAGGCUUUAAAAAAAGGGGUAAAAAAGAGGCUUUAAAGUUCAACCUUUUUUUAACUUCUUGAAAUCCUACUGCUUUGGUUAGUACGGAGUAUUAUGUUUUCAAAUAUGUACAGAAUAAUUUUUUUUAGAGUUAUAAAUUAGUGAUAUAUGUAGGCAA